AUGCCGAAAAACGCGCGUGUGGCACUUUGCUACGGACCUUAUGAAUCUAAUGGAGUGGUAGAACACAGAACCUUCCGGCUGCAGGGUCUCCAGGCCGCUCUGAGAGCGCGCGGGCACCAGUGCGUCUUGGAAGAGACGCGCGAGUGGAACAUGGUGGAGCUCGUGGUCAACGGAGAGGUGGUGUUCAACUGUCACAUAAAGCAGCUGGAGUUUGGUGGAGAUGGAAAACUUGACCCUGUUUGCAAAGAAGCUGUAACAGCCGUGGAGAACGCUUACUGAAGAUAACAAACAAACAAAUGUUCGCCAUUUUCUUAUUCUUA